GAAAUCGAACCAUCACCAGCAUGUCAACCCUACGCAGCAACAACGCGCAUCCAGCAUUAUAUUCCAGCAGCCUGCCAUCAUGCUAUAUAUAUAACCUGACGCUGCCUACCUGUUUUCUAUUAUUCUCACGCUCUGUUCUUGGAUCGAGCAGCAGACGCACCUUAAUUUGUUCGAGGAACGUACGUGCGUACGGGACGGGCGAGCCACUCCGCCAUGGCCGAGCCAGCGCCGGGGUUCCGCUUCUACCCAACGGAGGAGGAGCUGAUCUGCUUCUACCUCCGGAACAAGCUCAGCGGCACCCGCCGCGGCGACGACAUCGAGCGCGUCAUCCCCGUCGCCGACGUCUGCGCCCUUGAGCCAUGGGAGCUCUCAGGCACGCACGCACAUGAGGCGCACCGUGGCGCGUACUCCGGCGACGAGGAGCCGUGGUUUUACUUCUGCCCGCGGCAGGAGCGCGAGGCGCGGGGCGGGCGCCCCAGCCGGACCACGCCCUCCGGCUACUGGAAGGCCGCGGGCACGCCGGGGCUGGUCUACGCCGCCGACGGCCGCCCCAUCGGGACCAAGAAGACCAUGGUGUUCUACUGCGGCCGCGCGCCCGGUGGGACCAAGACCAAAUGGAAGCUGAACGAGUACAAGGCUUUCCAGUACGAGGAUGACGACGAGGUCGCCGUCGUCGCUGCUCCGGCGCCGCCGACGACGCCGAGCCAUGCUCUCCAGACGAGGAGCGAGUACAGCCUGUGCCGGCUCUACACCAAGUCCGGGUCGCCGCGGCAGUUCGACCGCCGGCCUAGCAGCAGUGCGGCCGUGGUGGCUGCCGGUGGCGGCGGCAGCGAGCACCCGGCGCGGCCGCCGUCGGCUGCUGCGUUGCCAGACGGUGAGCAGACGAGGCAGAGGAGGAAAAGGGCUGCGCCGCCGAGUGACGACGACACGUCGUCUUCGAGUUACGACGACGGCUCCACGCAGCAGCAGCAGCUGCUGCUGGCGGACAGAGGGACCGAUAAUGACGGGAUCGUCGAGGACAUGGCCGACUGGUCAGAGUUCUUGGACGGCUGGAUUAUUUGAUUUCAUGCUUUGGGUCGUGCUACGUAAAAACGUUCUCUCGGCCUCUUAAUUAUUUUUGCAUUAAUUGCGAUAUUAGUUUCGAUUACAGCAACAAGAUUUUUUUUAGAAUUCUUUACCCAAAACACAUAAAUUCUUUCCAGUUGCGUGGUGGAUAUUAAUUUUAGGAGACAUAUACUACCUUAAACUGUAGAUCACCUGUUGUAUUUGCAACUUACACGAACUUUUUUUUUUUUGAACUCGAUCGGAAUGUGAUCGAGACUUCAGAUAAGCUAGUCAACUCUUUGGCUUUUUGCUGAA